CGGAGUUCGCGUAGUGGGGGCGAUUUGCCAAAAAAAUGGAAGAUGAUACGUCGUCGUCGGGUCCCACAUCUAGGACUGUGGCCUUCAACGAGUAUCUGUACGACAGCCUGGACAGUAGUACUUUCGGUCAGCAGAUAUUCUCGACGAAAGACGGCAUCUUUGACGACUCUAACGACGGCCAAAACGCUGCCGAGGACAUGGGAAUCUUCGAUGUGGAAGACCACGAGAACGAAAAUGCGGGGUGAGCCACGAAUCUGGGCUGCUGGCCUACGCCGUGGCGAUGUCGAAGGACGUGCCAUGCCUGGGGCCACUGGUGAACGAAGUGUCGAUUGUGUGGUAUAUCCAGCAUACAAUAUCGGCCGACCAGAUCUGCAUGCAGAUCAACCCAGGCAACAGCCCGAUGCCAAAGAACCCAACCCAUGCCACACUGACUAUUCAAAGCUUGAACCAGGAAACUCGAAAACGGGAAAUCAAGCGCUUCCGGUGCAACUACGAGGGCUGCAAGCGCACCUACAGCACGGCAGGCAACCUUAAAACACACCAGAAGACUCAUACUGGGGAAUACACCUUUGUGUGCACGCAAGAGGGUUGCGGCAAGGCAUUUCUCACCUCGUAUCGCCUCAAGAUCCACUUCAGGGUACACACGAACGAGCGGCCGUACGAAUGCCGCAUCUCUGGCUGUGAAAAGACCUUCAACACACUUUACAGGCUGAAGGCACACCAGCGGAUUCAUACGGGACAGACCUUCAAUUGUGGCCAGGAUGGUUGCGUGAAGAUCUUCACCACCCUGAGUGACCUCAAGAAACACACUCGCACUCACACCGGCGAAAAGCCAUACAGGUGCGACACAGAUGGGUGUGGGAAGUCAUUUGCCGCUAGUCAUCACUUGAAAACCCACAUUAGGACCCACACAGGUGAGAGGCCCUACCUCUGCACACAAGACGGGUGUCAGAAGACGUUCACAACUCAGUACAGCCUGAAGACUCACGCGGCAAGGCACGAUAGGCUACAGGAUGAUGAGGAUCAAAUUGUGACAUUUCACCUUGAUGGCCUGGACGUUGACAUUGACGACCCCUUAGAAGGAUCUGCCGACUAUGACAUUGAUGAGAGCACGGCCCACAUGCUUCUCAACACCAUGGUGGAUACAACAGCAGCCGAGCAAAGUCCUAGCAGCACUGGGCUUGUCAGUGUUCCCAUCCAGGAAGUUGACGGGAGCAGCUCAGCACUUCGAGCCUAUGCCAUGAUACCCCUGGACAUUGUGAGUAGUGCAUCAGGACAAAAUGACGUGCCGCCCAAGGUGGCGCAAGUGCUGCUACCACGGACAUUCACCGUUGACUUGGCGACGCAAGUUGUCAAGCCGGAACCAACGGUGGCAGCCGGCGACAUCUCGUCGAAUGUGGAAGUUGUGUUGCCAAGGGUGGUGCCCGCUGACAUGUCACCGAGUACAGUUCUCGUGGACGACAUUGACAUCCUAGGCAUCUCUGCGUCACAGGCCGACAUAUGCAACUGUCCAGACAAACAGGCAUGCGAAACUGGGGAGUGCAGAAACUGCCCCAGCAAAGAAGUCAGCAUAUGUUGUUCCUCGGACAUUCUCAUCGACACUCAGGGUUCGGAAAAUGGUGCAGGUGUGCCUGGCAGUGCUGACGGCAGUUUGAAAGGACGGGCCGGCCAUCGGGCUUGCUGCUUAUAACAGCGGCUUUUUUUGUUUGUUUGUUUGCUUGUGCUACAGGUUCUGGGACUUAGAGACAAAAGAUAGCAACUCUGGCAGUGGACAUGUUUGCAUGAAUCAUUGCCUUGCCUUGCAGGGCAGCGAACCCAAAGGAGUUAUUACAGUCGCCUGGUUGUACAGCACCAAUUUAGUUCAUGGGCACCCUGCCAAUUUUAUAUAAAAAUGAUCAAUUCAAAGUAGAGUAAAGAUAAUGCUUAGGAGUUUUUUUGUGUGUGUGUGUGCCUGAUGAUAGUGUCAGUUUUUCUCUCCAGCUAUCGUGACAGCUUGGUUCUGGUGCCUUCUUUGUGGAAACCUAGACGAGUAGCCGCAACGAGAUGUGGGUACUAGGAAUACUUUUGGUAUUGUGAUAGAAUGUUCCCUUCUUAGGGUGGAUUGACUCUUUGCCUGCCUACUCCUGUUCAGGGCACGCUCGUUUCAACAGAUAUAAUGGUUAGCGAGCUGGAACGCUUUUACUCUGAUUGGGCACCGGUUAGGGAUCACCAUAAAGCGAGAGCCUAUUGCAAUGGGUGGGGUGCGACACCGACUCUUAGGUCUUGUGCUAACACCCUUGCGAGGCCUGUUGUGUAACUGUCCUAGCUUGGCUAAGACUAUGUGACCCCUUCCAUCCAUUUAAAUGGCACAGUUCGAACCAUUUCAGAGCAUUCAUUAAUUGAGCACUGGUCUAACGAAAUAUAGAGAUGGAGAAGGGUAGAGGAAAGGCGGGGAGGCUAACCAAGCUUUCCUCGGUUGACUACCCUACACUUGGUGUGUGCGAAAGGGGGUAUAAUAGAAAGGAAAGAGAUGGAGAAAAGAAGAGUAAGAGAGAGAUGGCCAAAUAGUCAGCUUUAAACUACACAGCACGGUCUUGCGCUGUUCUUUCACAAGCGCUCGUGAAAUCCGGUGGUCCUGUGUGCUCAAUGUGCUCAUGACAGCCAAUGAUGAACUUAUGACUUAGGCUCAAAUAGGCUAAUUUUUAACCUAAUGGAUUGCACUGUUAUUAACACUUCUUGUUGAUUCUGUACUUGCGACUGAGUUAUCGUGUGGUACUGAUAGCAGAAAGAGACUAAUUUACAACACGACAUGGUCACUUGUUUCGCGAGUAUAAUGUAGCUUGUGUGUUGGGUUUUAGAAGUGCUGAUUAACAGAUUAGGCUUGGGAUUUACUGCCAGUGAUGAAUUUGCAUGUUGCAGUGAGUCCGGAGACUGCUUCUUCAGUGAGUGAGGCUGCAUAAAAUGCACAGCUCUCUGGGCAUUAAGUUCUUUUUUUGUCCCUUCAUUUUAUUAUUUGUUUCAAUCACUGCUCCAACGAUACGAAGGGAGUGUUGAAAGCUUGUUGAGCAAGUAAAGAAUCCAGCAUGCCGUUUCCUACCUGUGAAAUUUAUUUGAAUUACUUUCUACAUGCGUUUAUGCCUGCAAAGCUCUAUUGCUUGCUAGCCUAGAUGUUUAUUUUGUUCUUAAUGCUUUUGGCUUAAUCAAGAACAUGCCCUAAUCAUGAGCACGCAUUUUACAGUGGACUACACUUACACGCGUUUCCUCUUUUUCUGCUCCUCCCCCCCCCCCCCCAGCUCUUUUUUAUUAAAGUUUUUGUGGGAGUUGGUUUCAAAUCGCAUACACAAAAUGAAAUAGUAGUUUAGGGACAUUUUAAGAUAUAGCACUGAUAUCAGCUCGAGAUGGCAUGCAGGAGGAUGUGUCACUGCCGAACGCUUUACUGUUUAUCAAGCAAUGCGGGACAUUUACAGAAAGUAGGCACCGUAGAGCGGUAGUCGAUAUCAUUCCUAAGAUUGUUUGUUUCUUUAGCACUAUGUAUACAGAGUAUUGCAAAGUAUGUAUAAAGCCGCACGUAACGCUAUUGAAAGGGCGAAGUACUUGAAUAUGACUCCAUGUGAUGACUGCGCCUUUUCUGAAUUUUAAGUAGCUAGCUGAGCAGUGCUCUUAAGAGGGGUGCAGAAUCGGCGUCCUAGUGCGUUCUGCUGUGAUAGUGACUGGGGUGCCUCGAUUGGUUAGCUGCUGUUCUUACUAAUCGAUUGCUAAAUAUUCCACUAUCAAAUGCUUGUGUUUUAGAGGCCUUAGUUUCCUUUUUUUUUUUCUCAGAUUGUUCUCAAGACACUGGCACAACAGAAAAAAAUGUAUACGGCAUUGUGUGCUUAAACUCUUUUCAUUUAUUUGACAUAUUGAUUUUUGUCUUCUAGCUUUGCAUCUCGAGAUGUACCGUAAAAUGCCGAGCUAGCGCUUCCCCGCCCUUUUUCGGGAGAUCUAAAACAAGCACCAAAUAAGCACCAAUGAUCCGUCCGGGACCGAUAUGCACCCCCCCUUACAGAUCUGGUCAGAUUAUUAUUCUCCGUAAAGAGGGCACUUUCUCGGCAUUUUACGGUACAUUGUGGCUGCUUACACAUGCUCUGGCACAGUUUGAGGAUCGCUGUAGAUGAUGUAAAAAUGUAUUGCCGUGCUAAAUCUGGCAUUGUACCGAAAGAAUGUGUUUCAGUUCGUUGAGUUGUCGAGGUUUUUUUUUACAAUCAAGACAUAACGUGCAUUAAGGAACCUUAGGAGGUGCAUUCAGUUGGCUAUGGUGCACACAGAAUUGAGUUUCUUGCAUAUUGAGUAUAUUUUCAACUAACAGAACAAUGUUACGUAAUAUUAAACGCGUGAUUUGUAACUUUUUGGUAUCAUAGCAUCCUGCUGAUAAACGUUAACCUAAAUUGCGGAUAUCAUUUUACGUAGCUGUGUACACCUAGAAUGCGAGAUCCCAAUGACAUUUGUUUUGGAAGUCAUUCACUGCGAAUGACGUUGCACGUGUCGUGUGACAGGAGUAUUACCCUUGCAGCUUUGUAGAAUUAUUCGCUUAUGAGUGAACUUCAUUAAGCUGCUUCGCCAAUGUAUUUUACUGGACAUUACAGAGGAGCAGACUUUGUUAUAAGCAUCAGGAAAGAUGAUUUAUUCCAUGGUGAUUGCUGCAUCUCGUAUUUCGUAACAUGUGUGUUAGAGAUACUACUUAUUUAUUUUGUUUAGAAUGAUGUGACAAGAAAACAUUGCAAUCUUCAAGUUAAACAACAUUAGUGAAGUACCCUUUCACAACAAUUUAAAAAGAAUGAAAGCCCUUGGUACCUUAUACAGGGGCCUAAAAGAGAUGCAAGAAUAGAUGACAGGUGGCCACACAGUCUUGAAGUUCAUGCACCACCUCGUGGCGACCCUGCAGAAUUUGAUUAUGCUUGCAGGCAGCCUACUUUAUAUCUCAUAGCUAAAUAUGGAUCACAUCAUAUUAUAAAAUAGCCGAAGACUAAACUUAUCAAAUAUUGAAUACUAGUAUUAUAUCUGUGCCACAGCUGUUUAUAUACAAGAAAUUAUUCUGGAAGUUGCAAUCAUUACACUUGCAAAGCACUGCAGUGCUGGGAUGCCAGUACAAUAAGAGUAGAAGUUCAGUUCCAGUCUUUAUUUUUUUUCUUUUCAUAAUCCGACUGUUUACCACAAGAUACACAAAGAUAUAGCCUAGAAAGAAUAUCUGAAAUUUAAACUAGGCUUGUGCAAAUCGUAAAUUUUAGGUUUGAAGUGAAUUCAAAAUGAAUAGUGAUUUGAUCAAAUAAUUUCAAAUCGAAUUUGGUGGAUCGCAUGGCUUUUUGUAUUAUAUAUUGCUAAUUUUAAAGAAAAACUGUAAUAUUUGUUGUGACCCAAAUAACCUGCACAAUAUUCUUUUAAACUUUUAGACAAAGUCUGUGCAAAUGCCUUUUUUUUUGUUCAGAGAAAUUGUAAACAACCUUUAAGAGUAACAGGAAUUGCUUUGCUUAGUGCAAAUGAUAACCUGUAAAAUUUGCCACAUUUAAAGAUUUACUCUACCAAGAGCGUAUACGCCAGCACAAGUUUUUAAACAUUAAAAAUUAAGAAUCGAUGUAAGGGUAAUAUGUUCAUUUAACCUUAAAGGGAAACUUUGCGGCAGUGCGGAUUUCCCUUGGAUAAAUGUUUUCAUGGCUUAGCACCCUUUUUACUGCUGUGAAACCAGCUUAAAGCUGUAUUCACAUGACGAACAUAAUUGCAGACAUAAGUCAUGCGACUUGCGACGUAAUUCGGAUCCCUUUGCAGCCAGCAUUCACAAGACAGGGGAGAAUUCAUGCUACAAGCGAGCAUUUCGACGUUGGUCCACGAGGAUCCCAACAGUGAUUUGGGCUUCUGUCAUUUCACGAAUCCGUUGGCAUGGACCGACCUGGGAACGGCUGAUGUACGGUGACGUAGUACGCAAUCCGCAUACUCGAAUCGCGAUUUGGUUCACCGGGCGAAUACAAGGUUACAGGGGGUUGCAUGCGAACUAAUAUACUUUUGUUUGUUUAUUUCAAAUACCACAAAUUUUCAAUGUUUAAAUUUCAAAUUGAAGAAAAUUCGAAUACCGUAAUAUUAGUUCAAAUAUUCUAUCUGCACUACCAUAGUUUUAACCAUGUCAUGGUGUCCUUGAGAGCACAAUAACAGAGUUGCAGUUUUUCUUUUUAAGCAAAGCUGUUUAAACAUAUGAAUCAGGUAGUCUAGAAUCCAUAAAAUUAAUUGUGCCCACUGUAGUAAACUGAUCAUAAGCCACACUUCCUCCUAGUGGCAUUGGUAUGAAACUUUGAGAGAAAAGCAAGGUGCAGUGUGUUACCUUAAAGCAGCUUAUUAG